AUCUUCGGACAGAUCUGUUCCUCAGUUUCAGACCAGAAACCUAUACAAUGACUCAGAUAAAGGUCCAUACAUCGUGCAUGUGGCUCGCGAGGCUUCGGAGGCGGACUCCGGUGCCUACAUGCAUCCGGUGAAAUUUGGCCAAUUUCUGUACACAAAUGGCAUAUCUAACCUGAAGGAUGGUGGAAUUAAAAAAAUUGGAAGAAAUAGGCUGAGUGUAGAAUUUUUAUCCGCUGCCGGGGCUAAUCAGUUUUUGUCGUGCUCAUUGGCCAGUAAUAAUUGCAAGAAAUUCAUUCCUUCAUACCACGUCACCAAAACGGGUAUUGCACGUAACAUCCCGACUGACUUAUCGAACGAGGACCUACCAAAUUUAAUUUCCACUCCUUUCGGUUGUGGUAAGGUUGUAAAGGCGAGACGAUUAAACUUUAAAAAAAGGAAUCCUUCCGACAAUUCCACUCAAUGGGCCCCAUCAGAAACUGUAGUUCUGACGUUUGACGGCCAAAUUCUCCCGGACAAAGUGUUUUUAUUCAGCUGUGCAUUGGACGUGGUUCAAUAUUAUUUCCCUACUGUGCAAUGUUUCAAGUGUUGUCGCUUCGGCCAUGUUCGGGCGCAAUGCCGGUCUCGUCCUCGUUGUUCCAAAUGUGCUCAGCCUCAUGAAGGCAGUACCUGUUCGGCUGUCCCAUCCUGCCUUAACUGCUUAGGUAAACAUUGUGCUACGGACAAGGUUUGUUCCGAAUUCAUCAGGCAACAACAGAUAAAAAGAAUAAUGGGAGAUGAAAGUUUAUCCUAUCAGGAGGCGGAUAGAAAGAUUCCUAAAGCUCGCAGACCGUACAAUGAAGCUGCUCAAACGAAGUCUUAUAAAAAAACUGUUUUAAUUCAAAAAAAAACUCCUGCCCUAUCUAACCCUCAUGGGUAUGAUGAGAAAUCUCACAGGGCCUUAGUAGCAGACUACAAUGCUCCUCAACCUGCUAAUGGGGUUAUGUUUAGGAAUGGUCCAUUUAGUAGCCAAUGUUCUUCUCCAGUUGCACCAGCGCCGACUGAACUGUUUUCUUUGGUCCAUAUUUUACCUAUGCUCUAUUCGGUGAUCUCGUCUCUUGUAUCUACUCUUCAGCAAAAUGCUAUCUCUCUACCGUCCAACGUUGCCAGUAGUUUAAAGGAUUUAUCUCCCUUCCUUUCCAGUGGCCCUGUCUGUGGGCCUUAUGAAAAUGGCGGUCAAUUUUAUCCAGUGGAACAUCAGGAGCAUCAGUCGUAACAAGACUGAUCUUCUGUAUGUCAUUCGGAAAUACAAUCCUGUCUGUUUAGCUAUUUCUGAAACCUGGUUAAAACCUGAUUCUCAUUUUAACUGUCCAAAUUAUGUAUGUCUAAGACAGGAUAAUCCAAAAGGUCACGAUGGCUGUGCCCUUUUGAUUCGGAAAGAUAUUGACUUCUCCCUCUUUAACAUCCCAUCUCACCCUUCUCUUUAUAUCGUUGCAUGUAAAAUUUUCAACUUUACAGUAAUAUCUGUAUAUAUUCCUCACCCCUCUGCUACUAUUAUUAAUGACUUUUGGUCUCUCUUGGAUAAUGUCCCUGGUCCUUAUCUUAUGUUAGGUGAUUUCAAUUGCCACCACUCUCUUUGGGGUUCUCAUCUCACCAAUGCAUCAGGUCGAAAAAUGCUCCAGUUUAUGGACUCGUUUAAUUUGUGUGUUCUAAACGAUGGUCGUCCUACUCGACGCACCGCUCCGUCUCAGAAUCCCUCAGCAGUUGACAUCUCUAUUUGUUCACCUUCCCUGUCUUCUCUUCUUUCCUGGGAUGUUCUGCCUUUUAGUUUUGGGAGUGACCACUUUCCUUUGCUUAUUACUUAUUCUUCUAGCUUCCAACCUCCUUCGGCUCCCCCUCCUCUUCAAAAGUUUAAGUUAGCCAUGGCUGACUGGCCCCUUUUCUCUAUUCUUACAGAAAAUAAAAUGAAGUCUUUGCCGCCUGUCUCUCGAUCCAACUGUCUACAUUGCUAUAACCUUUUUUGCCAGGUUUUAUUGGAUUCAGCUGAAGUGGCCAUACCCCUCAAGAAUGUUUCUUCUAAUCGUCGCCCUUCUCCUCCCUGGUGGGAUUCCGAGUGUACCUCUCUGGUUAAGGAUAGAAAAUCUGCAGAAAGGGCUUUCUCGUCUGAGAUGACCAUGGAAAAUUAUCUGAACUUAAAAAGGGUGCAAGCCAAAACUAAAAAAAUACUGCUUUCGAAAAAAAGAGAUGGUUGGACAAAGUUCUGCGAAUCUUUAUCUCCAGCCACUCAUCCUUCAGUUGUAUG